AGGGAUCAAAACAGCUCGAGCUCACGGAGUGAAACGGGAGAGCAAGCCGUCUCUUCUCGUUUUGGUACGCCCGAACCUCACGCGCAUCCAGAACAUCGUUUUAUUCCUCUCCUUUCCUCCCGACUUUCUCCCCACGAGAUGAGAGACUGAUCCAGUGAGGGUUCCACGAGCUGUUACAAAGAAGUUUUGGGAGAGGGAGAUGAUGAUGAUGUCAGAGUUCAUCGUGCUGUGUUUACUGUUUGGAGCCGCAGCACACGCCCAGGCCUUACCAGAAUGCAACAAGAAACAUGAGUGUCCUAUAGAUGUGUACUUUACGAUCGACACGUCUGAGACCAUCGCCCUGCAAGAACCUCCCCCUGGAUCGCUGGUGGAGAGCAUUAAGAUGUUUACAGAGCGCUUUGCAGAGCGUCUGGAGGAUGCUGACUAUAAAGGUCUGGUUCAGAUCAGAUGGCAGUUAGGAGGACUGCACUUCUCCCAGACACAACAGAUCUUCAGCCGCAUACAGGCCAAGGACGCCUUCAUCCAGGGGGUCAGGGGUAUCCGGUAUCUAGGUAAGGGAACCUACAUCGACUGCGCCCUCGCCAACAUGACACAGGAAAUUACACGCUCGCCUUCGGGCCCCAGGGCACUGCGAUUCGCUGUCGUCAUCACCGACGGUCACGUGACAGGAAACCCCUGCGGCGGAGUGAAGGUGACGGCGGAGAGAGCGCGCGACGAGGGCAUCAGAAUGUUUGUGGUCGCGGCAACGAAGAACGUGGACGAGACGGGUCUGAGGGAGAUCGCUAACUCUCCGGCCAACGUCUACAGAAAAGACUUCCUGGCUGUCGACCUCAGUGGCAACAAGCCUGCUAUACAGCUGGACACUAUAGACCGCAUCAUCAAGACCAUGACCCAUCUGGCCUAUCAGGAGUGCUACAAGGUGAAGUGUCUGGAGACAGAAGGACCUCCUGGUCCCAAAGGACACAGAGGACAGAAGGGAAUCAAAGGAGACAAUGGCAACUCCGGUCUUAAAGGAGAGAGAGGAAGACAGGGCGACCCCGGCAUCGAGGGUCCCAUUGGUCAACCAGGAGUCAAGGGUGAAAUUGGUCUGGAGGGGGAAAAGGGAGAGAUCGGAGCUGAGGGGAAGAAGGGUGUGGCCGGCCUCGCAGGACGCAACGGGACAGACGGACAAAAGGGGAAGAUCGGACGCAUCGGCGCUCCCGGCUGCAAAGGAGAUCCAGGAGACAGGGGUCCUGAUGGUCACUCGGGAGACGCGGGCAACGGUGGACUUCCUGGAACAGACGGAGAGAAGGGAGAUCCCGGUCGAUCAGGAAGCGCAGGCCCCCUCGGCCCGGUGGGAGACGCUGGACCUAAGGGUGAGAGAGGGAGUCCCGGCUCGCCUGGCUUCCCUGGAGCCAAAGGAACACCAGGAACUAUUGGAGGCCCAGGAGACAAGGGAGAACUGGGGAGAAGAGGAGACUUUGGGUCAAAGGGGAAUCAGGGAACAGACGGAGUUAAAGGAGACAAGGGCGAGGCAGGACCUGAGGGGCUGAGAGGACUACCAGGUGAAGUAGGAAACAAAGGAACCAAGGGAGACAACGGACUCCCGGGGCCACGCGGGCCCCCCGGCACUUCAGGAGCGGCAGGGAAGAACGGUACCCGUGGCGACCCCGGUGAUGCCGGACCGAGAGGAGACCCCGGCCUGGCAGGACCAAAGGGCGACGUGGGAAGAGCUGGCUUCAGUUACCCAGGACCAAGAGGACCAACGGGUGAACGUGGCGAGAAGGGCGGUCUAGGAUCCAGAGGAAGCAGAGGAGACUGUGGCCCCAAGGGAGGGCCAGGGGGAGCGGGGACCCCUGGAGAGGGGGGUGAACCAGGGCCUCAGGGAGAACCUGGAUUCAGAGGACCAAGAGGAGUGGGUGGACGAGACGGAGAUCCAGGUCCUGAGGGAGACCCCGGUCUCACAGAAUGUGAUGUCAUGAACUACAUCAGAGAGACCUGUGGCUGCUGUGACUGUGAGAAGCGGUGCGGGGCGCUGGACAUCGUGUUUGUGAUUGACAGCUCAGAGUCCGUUGGUCUCGCCAACUUCACUCUGGAGAAGAACUUUGUCAUCAACACCAUCAACAGACUGGGGUCUAUGGCCAAGGACCCCAACUCAGAGACAGGUACCAGAGUGGGGGUGGUACAGUACAGUCACAGUGGAACCUUCCAGGCCAUCAGGCUCAAUGACUCCAAGAUUGACUCCCUGUCUGCCUUCAAGGAUGCAGUGAAGCGUCUGGAGUGGAUAGCCGGUGGGACGUGGACCCCGUCAGCGCUGAAGUACGCCUACGACCACCUGAUCAAGGACAGCCGCCGAGCUAAAGCCAACGUCACCGUGGUGGUCAUCACAGACGGACGGUUUGACCCCAGGGACGACGACUCACUGCUCACAUACCUCUGCAGCGACCCCAGUGUGGAUGUGAGCGCUAUAGGUAUUGGGGACAUGUUUGACCAGAUAGAGGAGAAUGAGAGCCUGAAGAGUAUAGCCUGUCAGAGAGACGGUAGGGUGCUGGGGAUGAGACGCUUCGCCGACCUGGUGGCAGAGGAGUUCAUCGACAAGAUAGAGACCGUGCUCUGCCCAGACCCUGUGAUUGUGUGUCCUGACCUUCCCUGUAAAACUGAACCAGCGGUGGCCAGCUGUAUCCAGCGCCCUGUGGACCUUGUGUUCAUGCUGGACGGGUCAGAGAGGAUGGGAGUGGAGAACCACCGCCGCGCCAAGGAGUUCAUCGAGAAUGUGGCGCGCCGCCUCACCCUGGCCAACGGCCAAUCAGACGACAGGAACGCCCGCGUGGCCCUGCUGCAGUACGGCGGCCAGUCAGAACAGAGGGUGGAGUUUUCGCUCACGCACAAUCUGACGGUGAUCGCUGAUUCGCUGGCAGGGAUGAGCUACAUGGACUCCGCCUCCUCUCUGGGCAGCGCCAUCAUACACGCUGUCAACAACCUGGUGAUGUCACAGGGCAGUCGCCUGGCACGUCGUAACGCUGAACUGUCCUUCGUCUUUAUCACCGAUGGCAUCACCGCGGGCGACAGCCUGGAGGAGGGUGUCUCAGCCAUGCGGCGGGCCGAGGGUAUUCCCACGGUGAUCGCCAUGGGGACCGACACGGACCAGGAAGUGCUGAGGAAGGUUGCCCUGGGAGACACGUCGGCCAUCUUCAGAGGAGAGGACUACGCCACGCUGGGGAAACCCACCUUCUUCGAACGCUUCAUCCGCUGGGUCUGCUAAUGAGCUAACCAGCUCGUUAGAGCUAACGAGCUGUGUUCUAACGAGCUGUUAAAGCUGCAGUCCGUAAGAAUCUUUUCAGUUAUGAAAAAUAAACAAAAAGGUGUUCUCUGGGUUUUGAAUUAAAGUCAUAUGGUGCUCUUUGGUUUUCCAGGUUUUAGCAAAAUGGCAGAACUUGGAAGCUAAACUUUUAGCUCGUCCGAAAGACACAAGAGACUCCAGAUUGCUGAAUCUUUUAAAUUAGUUAAAUGACAGAUUCCACCAUUAACUAGAUAAGCGCAAACAACCAAAGCCUCUCUUAUCAGAGAGUUACUGAUAUUGAAUGUGUAAGAUGUUGCAGCUGUAGGUCCAUUGUUGUUGUUGAUUUUUGUAUUGUGUUUUUCUAGAAGAGAUCCCUCUCUGUGAGGUCUGUAUCAGUACGUCUGUAUUUUACACUAAAUGUGAUAUUCUAGUGGAAGGCGUUACACACAGUGUCAAUGUCUGGCAAAACAGUCUUAACUUUUCAGACAGUCUUAACUUUUCAGUCUUAACUUUUCAAACAGUCUUAACUUUUCAGACAGUCUUAACUUUUCAAACAGUCUUAACUUUUCAAACAGUCUUAACUUUUCAGACAGUCUUAACUUUUCAAACAGUCUUAACUUUUCAAACAGUCUUAACUUUUCAAACAGUCUUAAAUUUUCAAACAGUCUUAACUUUUCAGACAGUCUUAACUUUUCAAACAGUCUUAAGUUUAAAAGACUUUGACUUACAAAGUCGUAUGUUUUCAGUGAAAGUGUCUCUUAUCUGUUAUUAUUCUAGAUCAGACAGUCAUUUAGACAUCACACACACAGAUCGGUAGUUACAUAUACCCAACACACACACACACAGAGAAACACAAACACACACGCUUACACACACUAAACACACACACACACAAAUCACACUGAAAAUGCAUUUGUUGUAAACUGAAAAUUAUGUAAUAAAGCCAGCUGUGGUGUAACCAGA